CGAGUCCCACCAUCAGGUUCGAGUCCCACCAUCAGGUUCGAGUCCCACCAUCUGCAACUAGUUAGUGUGUUCUCCCCACGUUUGUGUGGGUUUCCUCCCACACUCCAAAACUUACCGAUAGGUGAAUUUAGAUUGUGAGCUCCAGUGGGGACAGGGACCAAUUUAAGUGUACAACGCUGCGGAAACUGUGUGCGCUAUAUAAAUAAAAAAAAAUUAUUAUUCAUAGGGAAUCCCCUUUAUCGAAACAGAUGUUUGUAUUGCACAGUUGCUUCCUCAGCCUGAUUUGCUUCUCUGAGCUAAAGCGAAAGUGAUACUAAGCAGCCACCAGGAAGUGUCCGCAGCCUGCGUUCUGACUGGUUCCCUGUCGCCAGUGAUACAUACCGGAGGGUGUGUUUACACAGAGCUCUAUAGAUGACGUUCCUACUCUGCGGGAGUGGACCACACACUAUAUAAACUUGUCCAGACUUAUCCAAAGACAUUAAUUGUAGCAGCGGAACUGGGACUGUCACCAAGAUCAGAAUAUUCCAUCCUAGGCCUUAGCUAUGAAUGGAGUAGUGAAAACUUUUGUCUUCUUGGACCUGGAAGCCACAGGUCUAAAUAAAGAUCGACCCAAAAUAACUGAGAUCUGCCUGAUUGCUGUCCAUGUCUCUUCUCUGGAGAACCCAGUAACCAAUGAGGCAGGAGAAGUGCAGCUCCCCCGAGUUAUGGACAAGCUUUGUCUGUGUGUGGAUCCAGGAAAACCCCUCACCGAAGGGGCUUCCAGUAUCACCGGUCUCAGCAAUAAAAAUCUCGGCAACAGCGAGAAGCAAAAAUUCGAUACGACCCUCAUCAACGCGAUCAAUGAGUUCGUCAAUCGUCAGGCUAAACCUGUUUGUCUGGUGGCCCAUAAUGGGUUCUUCUAUGACUUUCCCCUCCUGAAAACUGAGCUACUGGAACAAAAUGAAGACUUUCCUGGCACCAUGUUGUGCUUGGAUUCUCUUCAAGCUUUCCGAGAUCUGGAUAGCCCAACAUCCAGAUAUAUUAAGGGAAGACACACACUGACAGAAAUAUACAGGCAAAACUUUGGAAAGGAACCAAAUCAUUCUCACUUUGCAGAGGGGGAUGUGCUGACCCUAAUCUUGGUCUUCAUUUGCCAAGCAAGGGAAAUACUCAAAGUGCCCAGUUACAAGAAUUGGGAGGAGAUAAGACCCAUGUACACAUAAUAAUAAUUCUUUAUAUAGCGCACACAGAUUCUGCAGCGCGGUACACUCCUAAACUAGGUCCUACCGGGGCCACAUGAACACUGAUGGAGGCAAAUUAUUGCCUGGAAGCCCCUUCUCAUGUAGGUAAAGACUCCUCCAUUUUUUUUAACAGUGAAAGGAGAGGACUCUAAAAAUACCUCCAAUAUAUUUAGAAAGAGUUAUAUUGUAAAUUAAUAAACUUUAUAUUGAUAACAUUCAGUUGUUUGCAAUUU